AUGGCGAGUGUGAUUCUAUUCCUGCAGUGCCUGACCUCAGUGGUCUGCUCCAUCCUGAUGGAGCGCUGGAUAGUGUUGCUAGGCACCUGGGCUGUGUACAUUAGAACUGUGGUCCUGCUAGCGUUAGCUACAGCUGUGAUGAGCUUCUCAAAGAGUGUAGUGAUGGUCACUGUCAUGGCCGCAGCUACUGGAUAUACCUUCUGUGUGCUGCAGGUCCUGCCCUACACCCUGCUGUGUCUGUACCACUCUGACAGACAGGUGAGACACUACAUGUUCUGACAGAGAAGUGAUCACAGUAGAUAAACCCAAUCCCUCCCUCCUCUCGCUAUCUCUCUCUCUCUCUUCCAUCUCUCUGUCUUUUACUCCCAUCCCUCUCUCUCUCUCUGUCUCUCUCUCUCUUUCAGGUCUUCUUCUCCAGUUCCAAAUCCAGACCUUCUCAACCAGGAGAAAGUGACGACCACAUCCACUCCAAGCCCCUCCUUCCACCUGACCCUGUUCAUAUCCAUGGCAACAGCUAUCCAGAAGGGGUCACUCUCCCCGGGGCCCCCCUUUUCUUCUCCUCCUCCACUUCCCUCCACGUGUCCCUUCCCCUGGAGAGAGAAGGAGAGCCCAUACCACUGCCUCAGAGAAGGAUGUGUCUAGACAUGGCUAUACUGGACAGUGCCUACCUGCUGUCACAGGUAAGCACAAAAGCUCUACAGGUUUGACCAGUGACCAGACUGGUGUGUGUUAUUUGCCUCAACAAUAAUGGUUAUUCUAUUGUGUUCUGUUCUCUGGCCAGGUGCUGCCUGCUCUGCAUCUGGGCUCCAUAGUGCAGCAAUCUCACAGUGUCAGUGCCUAUAUGGCCCUGCUCUGCUCCACCGGUGUCGUCUUCACACGCAGUGACCUCCACAAGCUCACAGGGUCAAAGGGCAACGCUCCAACGCUGACUGGGCUAAAGAGUUAA